UAAUGAGAGGUGAGAGCUGAAAACACUUGACCGCGGAACAUGUCUUCAAGGCGCCUUCUUAGCACUGCCUUCCUCUUGUUGUUGUUCGUUGGUCUGGUGUCCAACAUGUCAUCAUCGUCAUGUCCGCAAGAGGAAAAGUUAUCACCGAAUAAGUUGAAAAUGGACACCGCUUUUGUGAAUAUCAGUUCCACUUUAGAGGAGCCUAUUACAAUAUCAGGGAUAUCGUCAAACUGUUACGAGUGCCCAAUACAGGAAAUUAUACCUCAGCUCCUCAAUGGAGCCGCCCCCCUUGUGGUAAACACACAUUACAGUUUUACCAUCUCUGUUAAAAUCAAAAAUGGAUCUCAAGAGUUAUGCAGGCUUAGUUACCUUUUUGGUGAGAGAGGUUGGUACGAGUAUAACAUCCAUCAUUCUGAUGGCCAAUCAUCAAACAAGGUCACAUGCAAACUAGAGAUCAAGCGGUCACCCGAUUACCCAUACAUGCCUCUAUGGAUAGCCCUCGGAGCGCUCUUUUGCAUGGCUGUUAUAUGGGUUUUACUUACCUGUAUUGGAAGGAAAUGCAAAGUCGCUUGCAAGAAAGAAAAUUCGAACAUGAUGAAUCAGGCCGAUGAGAUCGAUGACAGAGAAGACACAGAAAUGCACGUGACUGGAGAGGGAGAACAACAAAUGCUACCAGAGACUCAGCUUAAAGCCAGGUCGAGGAGGUUGAAGUCUUUAGAUACGUUUCGAGGAAUUGCAAUAACACUGAUGAUAUUUGUGAACUAUGGUGGUGGUGGAUAUUACUUCUUCGGGCAUGCCGUGUGGAAUGGAUUGUUGGUCGCUGAUCUCGUCUUUCCAUGGUUUAUCUGGAUCAUGGGAGUCUCAAUCACUUUAUCUUUUCGCUCGUUGAGACGCAAGAAAACAAGCAAGCCUAGAAUAGCAUGUAAAAUCCUAAAACGAAGCUUCAUCUUGUUCGCACUGGGUCUGUUUACCAGCAACUACGGUAACCUGAAGUACUACAGAAUCCCUGGAGUUCUUCAGAGGUUUGGAGUUUGUUACUUCUUCGUUGCCAUGAUGCAGUUGCUACUGCCUCCUAUGGAAAAAGGCGAAAAAAAGAAAAGAUGGUGGGAAGUGUUUCGAGAUGUGUUUGGUUUAUGGAAGCAGUGGAUCUUUGUGCUGAUGCUACUCGCUGGCUAUCUUGCCCUUACCUAUGGAGUGGAUGUGCCUGGAUGUCCCAAGGGUUACACGGGUCCGGGGGGCAUUGGGGAAGGAUACCCAAAUGCUUUUAACUGCACUGGAGGAAUGGCGGGGUACAUUGACACAAUCGCCUUAGGCAACCAUCUUUACAGAUUUCCUACUAUCAAGGGUGUCUACAAAACUACCUUACCAUAUGACCCGGAGGGGAUCCUUGGAUGCCUAACUUCUAUUGUUUUGGUUUUCUUUGGCGUUCAGGCUGGUCACAUACUGACAAUUCAUUCCAAACAUAGACCACGACUCAUCAGGUGGAUAACCUGGGCGGUUCUGAUGACUGCAUUUACGUUGGGCCUGUGUGGAGCCACAAAAAAUGAAGGGAUCGUUCCAAUCAACAAAAAUAUAUGGUCGGUGUCGUUCAUCUUAGCCACGGGAGCGAGUGCAUUCUUUCUGUUUGCUAUUUGUUAUCUUCUGACUGACGUCCUGGAUUGGUGGAAUGGUGCACCCUUCUUUUACCCAGGUAUGAACUCCAUUCUUGUGUACGUUGGUCAUGGUAUUCUGUGGAGACACUUUCCCUUCAGCUGGGAGAUGGAUGAGUAUGGCGGCCACGCGGAGAAACUAGGCAUGAGCUUAGCUGGAACUGCCUUGUGGGUUCUGAUAGCGUAUUGCCUUUUUACUAAAAAUGUUUUCCUGAAGAUUUAAAAGAUCUCAUUUUGAAAACGUUUUGAAGCAUCAUUUCUACUGACAAGGACAUCUAAGGAAACUUGAACAUCAGUGAUCUCUCGGUUACUGAAAAUAUCCUACAACAUAAGAUAAGGACUCGUGAGCCAACAUCAGAUGUCUACGCUUCAUCGCUAUUCCUUAACAUUACACUUAGAACAGUUCAUAACUGCUUCAGGUUUUUCAAUUAAAUCAUUGGGCUGGGCUAUAAGGGCCGGGGAGCGAAUAACUGAUAAAGCGAUAAAGCUAAACUCGGCUCUUGAAAAACUAUAACAUAAGUUAGCAGGUCAUCGACCAUUACUGUGCAAAAGCGUCAAAGGACAGGUCUUAGUCUAUUUGCUACAUACGCUAGGUCUCAGUCGUAAAUCUACGCUCUCAGAUGAUCUUAAUUAAGUCAUUCCAUAGAUUUACAAGAGCGAAACUGCAUGGAAUAAAAUCUACAGCUUUAAUGAUAAA